AUGCUCUACCAGGAGUGUCCCUCAGAUAAGCUUUUCGCCCUGGAUAGUCACUGUCUGGGCCACUCCAGCUCUAUGGACGUGUGGUCUCUGACUCAAGUUUCCCAGGGCUUCGCAGCGGCGGUGGCAUGGAAGAAUCCUGUUUCAGGUCGGUUUACUACUAUGCUCCACUGCUUUGGUGGAGGACUUUUAUCCUAUAUACUGUUUGCAGAGCCUCCAUUGAGCUUUCUUGCAAACAACACUAAUAUAUUACUGGCAUCUUCAAUCUGGUAUAUUGGGGGCUGAGGGGUUGGCCAUGUGUCCUAGUUUCCCAGGGGUAUUUUUUUCCUAACUGUUCAACUCUUGGCUGCAGGAAUGAAGGAUGUGACCAGAACUUGGAAAACAGUAGGUGGAGUCACACAUGCUAACAGCCAUUACAAAAAUGGCUGGAUAGUCAUGAUUGCUAUUGGAUGGGCCCGAGGUGCAGGUGGUAGCAUUAUCACAAAUGUUGAGCUAUUGGUAAAAGGAGGUUGGACACCACAAGCUGAUGAGUGGAUGAAGAUGUCCUACCCUGCCAAGGUAACCCUGCUGGUCUCAAUUAUCUUCACACUAGAAGUCCGUUGCACAAAGAUUCGCGGAACACACCUGAUACUUCCUGCCACAGUGAUAACCAUCACAGAGAAAACCAAGUGCUGCUCCCCCACCAGCUCCCGGUUUCCAGGGGUUUCCGAAAACGAACUAGAUGCCUUGGGCAGGACCUGCGCCCUGACCCAUCCUACACCUAGGCUGGCGCUCCAGCACACCCUGCCCAGCGAGCCCCCGCGCUCUGCGCGCCUCUAG